UUGCCAAGAUAAUUGUUCGAAUACUGUCUAAAUAUUGUCUAAAUACAGUACUCGAUACUGUCGUGGCAACUUGCGAAUCCUCACGUCAUCGCUUGACCGCCCCUCUAUAUCCUCCCUUCCUCCCUCCGAUCUAUCACAUACGAAAAAAUAAACUGAAUAAUAGGCCGCGCUUAGCUUCUACCAGAUGCACUGCUAGUUGCAGCAGCUUGUCUUGGCAUCUGCAAAGCAGCCGUCAUUUGUCCAGAUGCCGCCGCCAUCCAGUCAACGUGCUCAUGUUGAACCGCCUGAGCAGAUCACCACCGAGGCGGUCAAAGGAUUUGCUACGGGAGCUCUACGGUUCGGCUCCAUGUCCAUCCUUGCACAUAUGAUCCUCUCCCUGCCGCAUCCCUUCACUUUUGACCACGCCGCUCCUCCCACCGCCACCCAGCAGCAACAACCAAAAUCACCCUUCUCAGCAGCACGUGCAUGCAAAACACUAUUCUAUCGCCCGCUCGCGUCGCUGUCCGAAAGCCUCGCGCCGGCGUCGCGCGUUUAUCGCGGCCUGACGCUGCAAUGGAAGUGCUUCCUCCAGGUCGCAGCGAUGACCCUGGGCGGAUGCAUUUGGGCCGAGAGACGGGUGACGGAAUACAUGGAUGUGCUGCGGAGGGUGCGCAGGGCAGAGAGGAGGAAUGUAAGUGAGUGAGCAAGCAUUUCCGUUGGGAAAUGCGAGAGCCGCAAAUAUUUGAGCCUGGAGCUGGCGGGGGUUAAUAGUGAAUGUGUCGAUGGACAGGACAGGAUUGAGGUGCAUGCAUUGCAAGCGUGUACACUCUGUGUACAAGAGUAUGGUGUUGUAUAUAGAGUUCCAGCGGGAUGUACUAGUGUCCUAUCAUUGCUAUAUGCUGUG